UUUAUUAGUUAUACAUUUCAUUUUAUUUCUGUGAAUAUUAGUUUUAAAAUAUUUAAUUUGCUGAUCUUGAUAAAGUCUGCAAAUUUACACCAUCUUAAUGUAAAGUAUAUAUAUAUGCUCAUUUAAUUUAUGUCUCCCUCUUGCAGUCUAUUUCCCAAAAGAAAUAAUCUUUUCAGGUGCUUUUUCUUUUCUCAGUAUACAAGAGGAUGUAGGUCAAAUAUAGAUUUGGCCUCAGGAAACAAUCCAGCUACUGCAAAGAGAUAUGAAGCCACACGGGAGUAUCAUGGGUCUUCACAACAUUUUGGACGUAAUGUUAUUCAUGGAAAUAUGCCUCCUCCAUAUAUGCCACCACAGGUUCACACUCAUGGUCCAUACUAUGUCCAUUCUAGUUAUCAAAAUCCACCGCAGAAUGUGGGACGUUACAGUCCACCACCUUCUUACCAAGAAGUAGAUGGAAUAAGUAGAAAGAAAAUUUCAUCAAUAGUGAAAGCCCUUGCUCUUUUAAAUGGCCAAUGGGCUACUGCAGAAAACAUUGGGAAACUUGCUGAGUGUGAUAGUAAUACAGUUGAAAAAGUUGUGAAGGCUAAUAGAAAUCUGUUUUCUGCAAUGAAUGAUGGGAAACAAGUUGUGAUUGAACUUGUUCCAGAUAUUAGCAUUUGCAUGGAUUACCUUUCAGAAAAGGGCUGUAAAUUGCAAAUGGUUUGUGGAAAUCUUCACAUCUGUAAGUAUUUCAUAUUUAAUAAGUGCACCUCGGGAACUGGGUGUCAUUAUGGCCAUAAAUGGGAUACAAGUCACAACAGCCGUGUCCUUUCAAAGUUUUACCUAGAUGAGAUUGAUAAAAAUGUCCUCCUUCAAGUUAUGAAGAAAAUUUUCAAAGGAAUUUUGCCUCCACAAAUAUGUAAUUUCUACAACUCAAAGAAUGGCUGCAAAUAUGGGGAGAAAUGUGGACAACUGCAUAUAUGCAAACAAUUUGUUUCAAGUGCAGGUAAAUGCUUAUGCAGUUCUUAUAAUCAUGAUAUUUUAACACCACACUGCAAAAGGAUACUUAAAAGUCAUGAUCUGUCUAUCAAUGAGUCUCCUCGUGAUAUUAUUAUGUCCCUGAAAGCAGUAUUAAUCAAGGAAGAAGAAAAGGAUGAUAAAAUAGGAACACGGACUAUAAAUCCAAGUGACACACAUGUGUCAGCAGAAAAUGACAAAGGUAAAAAAAAGUUGCUAGGUACCAAAAAUGCAGGCAAUGCAACAGAAAGAAAAGCAGGAAUAACAAAAAAUGACCCUCCCAAGAACACAAAAAAAGUACCUAAUGGGGAGAAACCAACUGAAGAUAAACCUCAAAAAGGAAAGAGAACAUGUUGGUCAACUGACGUUUUGGGAGAUGUCAAAAUACCAGAAAUAUGUGUAUUUAGUAUUGAUGAUAAGUGCAGAAAUGAAAAGAAAGGUUGCGAUUACCUUCAUGCCAAAUCACUUUUUCAUUGGCAAGCUAAACAGAAUCAACAUUGGUAUAACUUUCGUAUUUUUCAGUCAAAGAUGCUUGAAAGCGCUUACCGUGAUGUUUCCAAAGGCACUGUCGCAAUAAGCCCCUUAAUCGCUAGUAAGCUUGGUAACAAUGCUAAAGAAUUGCUGUCAGUUUUUGGAACUCGAUCAUGGACAGCAGACUUUCAGGCAAUGACCAUCAGAAGUCUGGAUCAGGAGGAACUUCAAAUAAGAAGAAUUGCAACUAAAUCAGCAGCUGAGUCUACCAGUCCCAAAGCUACUGUAUAUAAAUGGCAUUUCAUUGAUGAUCAAGGUAAAUGGAUUCGAUAUGGAGAUGUAGACAGCCUUGGCAAGCAAAAAUUUGUAUGUUCUGUUACAAGUGAAGAAAUUGAGGAACAGUUUUUAUCUGACUCUUCUUCCUGGAUGGAGAUAUCAAAUUCAGAAUUCAAGUAUAAAUUAGAUUUUUCAAAGAUGAGGCAAAUUAAUUUAAAUACCCGAAAAGAGAGGGAGAUACGUCGUCGACCAGCACACCUUUCCUACCAAAAGAGGUGUGAAUCGGACCAAGAAGCCUCUCUCCCAAGCCACUGGAAUCCCAUGCCAAGCAACCAGACACACACACUCCAGCACCUUGAUGCUAGCAGCUCUGAAUACCUAGAUAUUGCCAGACUAGUCCGGAUGACACUACCAACUCUGAAUGUAGUCAGCAUCCAGAGAUUACAGAACCCUUAUUUAUGGAGGUUAUUUCAGUACAAGAUAGCAAAUUUGAGUCAGAGCCAUAAUGAAAACCAGAUGAACAUACAGAAACUCUUCCAUGCUGUAGAACCAUUACAUAUUGAUACUAUCUGCAAGGAAAACUUUGACUGGAGACAAGCUAAAACGAGAACACAAGAAUUUGGGAAGGGAGCCUAUUUUUCGAACCGUGCGUGUGUGACUCGGAAUUCCUGCACUCCAAAUAGAGAUGGUCGUUUCUUUUUAUUUGUCGCUCAAGUUAUUGUUGGAGAUGUUGAAAAAGGAUCGCCAGAUCUUACUCGUCCUCCAUUUAACCCAGUCACGAAUUCUCUCUAUAACACUACUGUGGAUGAUGUGCACAACACAACCAUUUUUGUGAAAUAUGACAAAGAAGAUUAUUAUCCUGAGUAUUUGGUGGAAUUUUUUUGAUUUUUUCAUGUACAAUGUAUUGCAAGAAAACAUAAAUAAAAGUUAUGAUUCAUA